GUAAUGAGCAAAUACAUGGACAAAGGUGUGCAUUCAUCUAAAGUUAAAAACAAGGAUGUUUCUGAAGUGGAAACGCAGCACAAUGAGGAACCUACACUGAAUAAAACGGACAAUCUUUCUGAUGGUGAAACUUCAGAAGGCCUUGAGAAUGGCGCUGUUGAGAACACCAACACAUUUUCUUCUAGUGAAUGCGUUCACGAAAACGCCAUCAAAAAGGUAGAACUUCCAAAAGAUACGCCUACAGAGACUGAACAAACAGUGAUGUAUAUAUGCGACCAACCAAACUCCUCUCCCAUGGAAGCAGAGAAGGCUCCCCCAUCCCACAUGGACACCAAACUCAAUCACCGCAAGAGGAACCUUUCAGAACCCAAUGAAGACGUGAGAAACUGUAAGCAGUUCUUCAGCUCCAGGAGCAUCAGUGCACCAAACACCGUGCUUUCGUCCCCUCAGAGAGAACCUAUAGACCUGCAUUACAGAGGCAGCCUCACCAACAGAGCCUACAGUUAUGACUUUAGCGACACCAUUCCUGAAGAGCCUAUUGACUUGAGCUGUGGUCCAACCAAAACUCUUCAACAGUUUCCCACAGCGGAGAAGGUUUCAGGAAGCUUGGCGCAAGCGGAGAAAACAAACAACCAUUUUAAACCAUUUGUGGGUAACGUUAUCAUCACUGAUAUCACUACGAACUGCUUAACCGUGACCUUUAAGGAAUACGUUCAAGGAUAA